GAGCCCACCCGCUCUGCCCAUUCUCUCCUCUUCCUCUUCCAGAGCUGGUUCACUUCCUAUAGGGACUGAAAACCAAGUGAGGAGAUGAAGGAUUGCACUGUACUACACCAGAGGACAGACACCACAGGUAGAUCCUGACCAUCACCCAAGGAACAACUGCAUAACUGGGAAGAUAUCCAGUCCCUUCACAGCAUUGCUCAACACAAAGAAGGUUGGACAGUAAAAUCAUCAUAUGGCAAUGGAACCCCUCCUGAUUCAGCUGUGAAUGAUCGGUCAGGAUGAAGCUGGGAAGAAGUGUGAGUGGGCUCCAACUGUGGUGACAGCUUCAGUCAUUCAUGGAGUCUCAUGAAGCAUUGACUCAUUCUUACAGGUGAGAGGCUUUUCAAGUGUGAGAAAGGCUCAGAUAAUUUUGUUGCAUGCGAAGUGCAUCUGUUGAUUACCAUAAUACAAAAGACUACAUGGAAGAGAAACCCUUCAAGUGUGACGUGUGUGAUCGAGCUUUCAGACAGUUAUCAGCAUUUGUAAAUCACCGACGCAUCCACACUGGGGAGAAACCAUUCAAGUGUGAGGAAUGUAACAAGAGCUUUGCACGGUCAUCAGGUCUAGUCAACCAUCGGCCUGUUCACACUGGGAAGAAACCAUUCAUGUGCAAGGUGUGUAACAAAUCAUUCUCCUGGUCAUCAGAUCUUCGCACACACCAACGGACUCACACAGGGGAGAAACCCUUCACAUGUGAAGUGUGUGACAAAUCAUUCUCACAAUCCGGGAACCUCCGUACGCACCAACGCAUUCACACUGGGGAGAAGCUGUUCAUCUGUGAGGUAUGUGAAAAAUCAUUCUCUCAGUUAGGGAACCUCCGUACACAUCAACGCAUUCACACAGGGGAGAAACCAUUCUCAUGCGAGGUGUGUGACAAAUCAUUCUCAUAUUCAUCAGCCCUCCAUGUUCACCAACGCAUUCACACAGGUGAGAAGCCAUUUAUGUGUGAUGUGUGCGACAAAUCAUUCUCACAGUCAUCAAAGCUUCAUGCUCACCACCAAAUUCACACAGGGGAGAAACCAUUCAAGUGUGAGGUGUGUGACAAAUCAUUCUCUGAUUCCUCAAGCCUCCUGCUCCAUCAGAUGAUUCACACAGGAGAAAAACCAUUCACAUGUGAGGUGUGUGACAAAUCAUUCUCACAGCUAGGGAACCUCCGCAGACACCAACGUAUUCACACAGGAGAGAAAGCAUUUAUGUGUAAGGUGUGUAACAAAUCAUUCUCUGACUCAUCAACUCUCCUGCUCCAUCACAGCAUUCACACCGGGGAAAAACCAUUCACAUGCGAGGUGUGUGAUAAAUCAUUCUCACAGUUGGGAAAUCUCCGUAGACACCAACGCAUCCACACAGGGGAGAAUCCAUUCAUAUGUAAUGUGUGUGCAAAAUCAUUCUCUGACUCAUCGAGCCUUCUGCUCCACCAAAGGAUUCACACAGGGGAAAAGCCAUUCACAUGUGAGGUGUGUGACCGAACCUUUUCACAUCCGUCAACGCUUAUGCAACACCGGCGUAUUCACACAGGAGAAAAACCAUUCAUAUGUGAGGUGUGUGACAAAUCAUUUUCACGUUCAUCACACUUUCGUGUACACCAACGCAUUCACACAGGGGAGAAACCAUUCACCUGUGAGGUGUGCAACAAAUCCUUCUCAGAAUCAGCAACCCUCCGCAAACAUCAACGCAUUCACACAGGGGAGAAACCAUUCACGUGUGACAUAUGUGAUAAAUCAUUCUCGCGAUCAUCAAUUCUCCGUGCACACCAACAUACACACACUGGGCAGAAGCUGUUCAUCUGCAAGGUGUGUCACAAAGCCUUCACACUUUCAUCAAACCUCCUGCGCCAUCAGACAGUGCACACUGGGGAGAAACCCUUCAAGUGUGAGGUUUGUGAUAAAGCUUUUGCAAUAUCGACAAGGCUCCUCAUUCACCAGAGCAUACAUACCGAAGAGAAACCCUUUCGGUGUGAGGUUUGCGAGAUGGCUUUCACUCAAUAUUCCCAUCUCCUGACACACCAGAGGAUUCACACAGGGGAGAAACCAUUUAAAUGUGAAGUGUGUGAACGAGCCUUCACACAGUCAUCAACUCUCAUGCAACAUCGACGCAUUCACACUGGGGAGAAACCGUUCACAUGCGAAGUCUGCAACAAAUCAUUCUCGCAGUUAACAAACCUCCGUGCACAUCAACGCAUUCACACAGGGGAGAAACCGUUCAGAUGUCAAUUGUGUGACAAAUCAUUCUCGCGGUCAUCAACCCUCCGUGACCAUCAACGCAUUCAUACAGGGGAGAAACCAUUUACAUGUGAGCUGUGCAACAAAGCCUUCAGACACUUUUCGACACUCCUGGUUCAUCAGAGGAUCCACGCAGAGAAAUAAUGCAGCUGUUAAAUUUUCAAUAAAAUUUUCAUGAAGUCUACGUGCCUCCUGAACGCCAAUCAGUUUACCUAGGAGUGAAACCAUCCAGUUGUGAAGUUGUGAAAAGGCUUUCACACAGUCAGACUAUCACUUGGUCUAGCAACAUACUCACUCACAGGGAAGAAAUCUUGUCAGUGUGAGUUCUGUCAUAAAUCCUUCAUACAUUCGUAAGACCUCAUGGAAUAUUAGGGAUCCCUCAUGGGAGACAAAUUCUUUCAGUUUUGUAUCACUUGCAAAUUUGUCAGUUGCAUCCAGUGCACCAUUUCAUUAGGAUCAUUCACUUAGGUCAGGAAAAGCAAGGAGUCCAGAUCCUGAGUCCUGGGCAAUUCCAGUGGAAACAUUGUCUCAUCCUGAAAAAUAUUUGUUAGUUAUUACUCUCUGUUUCCUGCCACUCAGCCAAUUUUUUUAUCAUUCUGUCCCUUUUAUUUCUUGUGCUAUAAGUUUGCUCAUGUUUGUUGUGUAGCACUUUAAAAAAAUGACAUUUUGAAGUCCAUAAUCACGACAUCAGCAAGAUUUCUCUUGUCAAUCUUCUCAGUUUGUUAAAUACAAAUUAGCCUUUUUUUAAAUUCAUCAUGGAAUGUAGACAUUGCUGGCUAGGUCAGCAUUCAUUGUCCAUCCUGCGUUGCCCAGAGGGCAUUUGAAAGUCAACCACAUUGCUGUUGGUCUGGAGUCAUGUAGGUCAGAGCAGAGAAGGAUGGUAGAGUUGCUUCCCUAAAGGGCAUUAGUGAAAGGUUUCUACAACAAUUGACAGUGUUUACCUGGUCAUCAUUCGGCCAGCUUUAAAUUCCAGUUUUUACUGCAUUCAAAUUUCACCACUUGCAAUGUGGGAUUUGAACCUAUGUCCUCAGAACAUUAGCCGAGGUUUCUAGAUUACUAGCCCAUUGAUGUUACCACUAUGCCACUUCCUUGCCAGGUUAAUAAAUCCAUUCUGGCUUUAAUUAUUCUGCAGUUGUCCAAGUGACCAUUAAUUCUAUCCUGAACAAUUCUUUCUAGAAGCUUCCUCACCACCAGAAUUAAACUGUCUGGCCUGUAGUUGCUGGUCUUACCUUUGUACUGUUUUUUGAACAAGGAUGUAACAUUUACAAUUCUGUAACCAUCUCCAAAUGUUAGGAAUUCUGGAAGGAUGUAGCCAUUAUCUCAAGACAGUCUUCACUGUACCUUCUCCUCAGGCAAAUGUUGAAGUUGAGAAGGAAGGGCCUUCAUGGAGGUUAGCAUGAUGUAAUAACGAUAUGUUCACCUCAGACUCUUUCAGGAUUCAUUUCAUGUUCUGAGAAAGAUCUUCAGUCAUUUUAAAAUGCUUGAUUAUUUUGCUUAAUUCAAGUUUUAGUCUAAGCUGAAUAUUAUGUUGUCUGUCUGUUCUCUUUUAGCUUAAUUCCAAACCAACUGAUUUGUUAGCACUGUGUGUUCCUAUUCACUGAAACACUCAGGAUCCUACAAUAAGAGUCCUGUACACAAUACAGGGUCAAUGUCACCGUGGGCCUGGGAUACUGUCGUCAUCAAUGGAUUUACAAUUUCCAGUUCACAGGAACCAUAGCAGAGAGAAAGAACUACAUGCAUUUAUGUACCAACUUCCACGAUCUCAGAGAAAUGAAAACCACCCUAAAGCCAAUGAAGUGCUUUCUGAAAUGUAAUGUGGUGAAUAUCUGAUUUCAUAAAUCAUAUGCUGCCACAAAUGAAAAUGUAUCAAUCCCUGUGCUUGAGUCUCUGGAAUGAGAAUUGAAUCAACAACUUUCUGAUUCAGAUCUGAGUGCUAACUCACCCACAACUAACAAUAACGUAUGCAUGCCUCUUAUAUUUAGUUUCCAAGCAUUUUAGUUCCAGAGCUGUGUUCAGAAUGCUUUUCGUCCUGUAAACAAGAAGCCUGAAAGAUUUGAAGUAGUAACUAGUUAGAGCUGCAGUGGUAUCUUUGUGUAUGGGUUCCUGAAGCUGUGAAAGGUGGUAAAAUCCCUGGUGGCAGAAGAAUUAAUGGAAAAAAUGGGCAAAGUCCAAGGGUAAGGAACAAUCCAUCAUCUAUAUACUGACACAGGAUACCCCAUGUUAAACAAAAACCCAAACAAUUUAAAAAUCCACUAGCUCAAGUACACCCCAGAACAAUCAUCUACUGUCAGAAAAUCUCUGGUAUUACUCAAAUAAGGCUGAGCUAUAGUAUACUCUCCACCAUUAGAUGUGCUGUUGUGUAAAGACCUCAAGAUCUUGUUGCAACUUUGUGAAGGUGUCACGGAGCUCCACAUCAUUGAACGUAAAUAGCACAAUAUUUGGUGAGUUUUAAAAUUACACAGGAAUUUAUUGACUUGAGAACUGUGGAGACUGUGAAAAGUGUACGGACAUGAACGCAUGAAGAAUGUAGUUCAGUCCUUAUCUCUUGUAACUGCAAGUCACAGCUUACCAUGUACAAUGGUAUUUCAUAUGAAAUUAUAAUGAAUCAUAUCAAUUCAAAGUCUAAGCCUGAAGACAGUUCUUGAUUUUGUCUUCUUGACCCACAAUCUUGAGCACAAACUUAUGUAACUUAUAUGGCAUUAAAAUGCACA